AUGACUGAUAGCGGGGCUGCAGAGGAGCCUGUGUUGUCCGAUCAUGCUAUGGAGGUAGUGACGGCUCUUGCUUCUGCUCCGGUUCCUGAGGUUAUGUCUGAUGUGUCUGCGGAGAUGAUGGACAGGGCUGAGUCUGAUCGAGCGUCCAAGUGGGCGCGUAGGAAAGAAAAGAUGCUUUGCUAUCGUUGCGGAGAUAAGGGUCACUUCAUUGCCGAGUGUGUGGCGCGUUUAUGUGAUACUUGUGGUAAACUGGCUCAUGAAUCUGGGGAUUGUCCGUUACUGCGCGAUCAGGCACCUUCACUCAAGAUGUAUGGAGUAUACUGUGCUGAGCUAACUUUUUUCGAGUCUCCGACUGAGCACGAGGUGCCUGACGAGUCUCCGAGUAUGACCACGGGGAUUGUCAAGGUUACCAGAGGGGAGGUGUCUGAGGCACAGAUCGUGCAGAGGCUUCGAGAGCUGGCUCCUGGGGAUUUCCAGUGGGACCUUGUCGGUCUUGCUGAUAAGAUGUUCAGGGUCGAGUGCCCGUCUGUGGAGGACCUGCAGCGGUUGCUGAGUUUUGGGAUGUGUAAGGUGCCAGGUACUGAGGGUAUCCUUGAGUUUCAGGAAUGGAAGAUUGUUGAGCCUCAGGGCGUCCCGCUUACGCAAGCGUGGCUACGCUUUGCCGGGGCACCUUCCUCGCCGCUGCAAGAUGCUUGGGUUGUGGCCAGUCUGGGCAUUCUUUUGGGGAAGCCUGAGCGUGUGGACAUGGCUUUCACCAGAGCUCAUGGGAUUGCACGGGUUCUGGUUAGUAUUCUGAAUGUGGAGUAUGUGCCGGAAGUGGUUAAGUGGGCUUACCGAGGCAGGAUUUAUAAUCUGGUUAUUGAGUUUGAGGACGAGAGCCUGCUGUCUGCGCCGGCUCACGGGUCUGACGUUGAUAUGCAUGAGGGUGAUGGUGACGUGGGAGUUCAGGAACCGCCGGUUGAGGACUCUGGACGACAGUUGUCCAUGGGGCCGGGGUCUGAGACCGCGACGACCGGGGAUGGAGCUACCCAGCCCUCCUCGGUGCCUUCGAAGUCGUUGAGAUUUGGAUCCUUCGAACCUUUUUCUGCACCGCCGAGGUUGUGGAGCGACCGGGUGGAGUCUGAGGAGGCCUUUGAGCUCGCUUUGCCUGCGUUGGAUUUUAUGGAUGCUCUGGACUCGGGUUCUGGGGAUCUCGGGGCUUCAUCACUUAUGGUCAGGGGGGCGGAGGAGGUGAGUCGGCAGGUGGCCACUCCCUCUUCUGGUCAGCACGUGGUCCCCCCUCUGGAGAUGCCGCAGCCUACCGGGCCCCGUGUGCAGGGAGGAGCUAUAGGCCAGGCGGUCUCGGGCUCUUUUUGUGUUGAGGACGGGGAUGCGGGGCAGGUGGCUCCCGUGUCCUCUUCUACGCUGGGAGGAGGUCUGGGUCAGGAGGACUCGGAUACUUCUUCUCCCGUUGCGAUUUCUUCUCGGACGGUGUCGACUUCGCCCUCGGAAGUGGGCUCGGGGCAGGUGGCCUCGGGGCUCUCUCCUAUGGUGGCGGCCUCUCCGGUGCAGGUUGGGGAGCCAGGACGGGAGGUCCUGGCUAUGUCUCCACCACCAUCGGUGAUGCCCUCGUCUGGUGGGGCGCGCCAGGCGUCCCUUUCUCCUUCUGGCGUGACGGUGGGGAGGUCCAUGCAGGUCGCUCGGACUGCGGGUUCGGGUGCGGCAGGAGGCCGUACCCCAUCCGUGAUCUCUCGGGAGGAGGUCAUUGCGUUUGGCGGGAUCCAGGACCCCAUGUCUGUGGGGCGCCGGGUGAGUGACCGUCUCCAGGCACACCCGGAUGUGGAUGACAUCCAGCAACGGUGCGCUAUGAGGGCGGCCAAGCUUCGUGAUGUUGAAGUCAUUACUGGUAUGUCGGUCAAUAUUUCCAAUUCCAUUUUGCAUUUUUCAAAUGAUGAGAUUCUUGAUAAUGCAAAUCAAUUAGGAGUUUCUCUUGGUAGUAAUGAAACUGAAAUUACUAAUUCGGUUAAUGAUAUACUUGACCUAGAGGCUGAGCGGGCCUUAGAGAUGAUUCGCAAUAUUGCGGCUGUUAAACCCAUGUGUGAUUCGGAGGUUGAUGCGCUUGGGGUCAGGGUGCUUGACAAUUUUUGUGCGGAUCUUUUGCCUUCUAGUUCUGAGGCGGGGGUAGAGGAUGGCUCUACUGAGAUUGGCUUGGCAAGCCCCUCUGACACUGGGUAUGAGGACCAGUUGCAGAGUCAAGCUAUUCCAAAGUGCAAGUGGAAACGGAAGCCAGAGCUCAAGCCCGAUUUCUUGGCUGAUCUAGUUCGGAUGUGUGGUUCCGAGCAGUUGCCGUACCUGGUGGGGGGUGAUUUUAAUAUUAUUAGAAGGCGUGAGGAUAAGAACAAUGAUAACUUUGACGGCAGAUGGUCGUUCAUGUUUAAUACUAUCAUUGAGAGUUUGAACCUGAGAGAAAUUGAGCUCUCGGGCAGAAAAUUCACCUGGGCUAAUGCGCUGCCAAAUCCGACGAAUGUGUUCUCCUUUGAGAUGGCUUGGUUUGAACGUGAAGGCUUCUUGGAUUUUGUGGCUAGAGAGUGGGCUAAAGAUUCAGGAGGAAAGACUGCGCUUCAGCGAUGGCAGAAUAAGAUCAGGCACUUGAGGAGUGUCCUGCGUGGAUGGGCUAAGCAUCUUAGCGGGAUUUAUAAGGUUGAAAAGGAAAGGCUUCUUUCCCUUAUUCAGUCACUAGAUGUAAAGGCAGAAACCACGCUGCUGCCAGUCGCGGAGCUUCAAGCCAAGCUGGACGCGGAAUUGAGGCUGAAGGAACUUCUUAGGGAAGAAGAGUUGAAGUGGGCGUUGCGGGCCAAGGUCCGGAGAGUAGUUCAGGGGGACGCGAACACUGAAUUUUUUCAUAUGAUUGCUAAUGACAAUAACUGUGUGUCUCUGGAUGAGUCCAGGGUUGAGGAUGUUCCUCAGCUCACAGUUGUGGAGAAUGAUGUUCUUACGGCUCCUUCUACCGAGAAAGAGGUCGGGACCAAUAGGCUAUCACAGAUCGCGCAUGCUGUUGUGCAGCCUACCUAA